AUGAUGUUUGCUUCUUGUUUUGCAACGCCCUUAAUUCAAGGAAAAAACGCAGAAUCAAUCGGAGAAGAUGCCACCCUCUGGGCAAUGAUGUCUUUUGCCCCUUGCAUAAAUGCUCUUCUCAGGCAGCAAAUAAGAAAGAAACAUGGAAUUGAAGGUGAGCUUUGGAAAGAUGUUCUUUUCUGGUGCUGCUGCCCUUGCUGUGCUGCUGGUCAAGAGGCGAUUCAAACCGGAUCGAUGGACUAUCUUUUGGACGACAAAACCCUGAACGAAGGCGCUCAAAAAUACGAACAAGAUAUUGCCAGAACAUAA